CAUAGCAAGUAAAGGGGGCGGGAGUGGCGCUCGCAAUUCUGAAACCCUUCCCCUUUCCUUCGUUUUCCCGCCAUGAAAGUAGACGUCGAGAUGGGCGGAGGAAGCCCGAAGCUCUUGGAGAGGAAGCAAGCCGUCUACAGGAAUCUGGAUGAGAGGUAUGAGAUCCACGGUGAGACGUACAAGGGGCAGCAGUACAGCCACAUCUACUUUACUCGGCUACACUACAUGAGGAAUCUCCUUUAUUCGCUCGUCCCUAAGUGGAAGCCCAACCUCCCUGUUAAUACAGUUUUGGGGCUUGAAGAAGAGAAAGAAUGCAUCAUCGUGGGCACAAUAUACAAGCACAUGAAACUCAAGCCUUCUAUUCUUGAUGAAUACUCUAAGGAGAGAUCUAAAGUUCCUCUGGCGAAGCCUCAUAACUUUGUGCACCCUGAUGAUCAUCUUAUUUUGGAAGAUGAAAGUGGAAGGGUUAAACUAGCUGGAAGUUUGCUCGAUCCUUCAGCUUUUGUAACAGGAAUUGUAGUUGCCGUACAUGGAAAGGAAACUAGUGAAGGCAAGUUUUUUGUUCUUGAUAUGCUGGAAGCUGGUCUACCCCCACAGAUCGAUCAGCCACCUAGCUCGACAGAAGACAAAUAUGUUGUCUUCGUGUCAGGAUUGAGUAUUGGGAGCAGCACUUUCAAUCCUCUUCAGUUCCAACUUCUUGUUGACCAUAUCACUGGGCAUUUAGGUGAUGAAAAUGAACAAACCUUUGCAUCUCAAAUAGUUCAUUUUAUAAUUGCUGGGAAUUCUGUACAAAUUCUACAGGGACUUCUUAAUGGUCAGACAAUUGCUCCGAGGGAUCAGUCUACCUUAACUGAACCAAUUAAGGAGCUCGAUAUUUUAUUAAAUCAGCUUGCAGCGGCUAUGCCUGUUGAUAUCAUGCCAGGACCUAGUGAUCCAGCAAACUUUUCCUUACCUCAGCAGCCCUUAAACAGAUGUUUAUUUCCUGGAGCAUCUGCCUAUAAUACAUUUAUUUCAUGCACUAAUCCUCAUCAAUUUGAGCUGGAUGAUAUUCAGUUCCUAGGAACAUCUGGACAAAAUAUAGAUGAUCUUUUCAAGUAUUCUGAGGCAAAAAACAAGCUUGAAUUUAUGGAGAGGACAUUAAGAUGGAGGCACCUGGUACCAACAGCUCCAAACACCCUUGGAUGUUAUCCCUUCACCGAUAAAGACCCUUUCCUCGUUGAGAGCUGUCCACAUGUUUAUUUUGUUGGUAAUCAAGAUAAGUAUGAAACCACGUUAUUACAAGGGUCUGACAACCAAUCUGUGAGGCUUAUCUGCAUUCCAAAAUUUUGUGAGACUGGAGUUGCUGUCAUGCUAAAUCUGAGGAAUCUUGAAUGUCAUUCUCUCAGUUUCUCAACUGGCUUGAAUGUGUAAUAUAUUCUGGCACAUACAAUAUGACAAAGAACUGGUUGUCUUCCAUCAUCUUGCUGAUUGAUUAAUUAUAACUGGUGGUUAAUUGUAAUGCUUGUCCUUCUCGUGUAACAAAAAACGUCGAAAUCUUGUACCAUGUUUUGGCUUCCAGCAACCCAGUUUCAUAUUGUUCUUCUAACUUAUGCCAGGCCAACCUUCUUUCGUUGGUGUGGCAACAAAGUGCAACAAGUCAUUUGUCUUCUGCAUGCUGUGAUCAGCCCCUGAAAUGUAUUUUUGAUAUUUAUGAUGAUACUGUGGAACCGACAUUUAUCAUCUAUGUAACGGUAUAUGUUGGAAGGCUAA